CCUAUUCCUAUUCAGGGAGAAAAACAUUGUGAGGGACGUCUGGUACAUUCUGGACGCACAAAUCCGUACAAACUGACGAGCGCGGUGACAUCACGGUCGCGUGCGCGGACAAUCCCGGGGUCCACUUACGGCCAAUUCACCAAACGUCUUUGAAUUCGCAGCACCCAAAGGAGAUUUUAACCCAACACUACAAAUGCAUAAACAAUUUGCCCAUGCAGUAAAAACAACGUGACACGUCGUGCAUGUAACCACGAUCUACACGUCAUCCUGCCGAUCCGGCCUUGUUAUGAGAAAUUGCAGCUUCCUCUACAUGCAGCCAAUCAAUCAGCCCCUGCGGCAGUCGGGAGCGCUCACACACAGGAGCUGAGAUGGCGGCGUUGACACAGACAUGGAGGCCAGAGCAUCUGUGGGCGGCGAGAGAGGUCUGCGUCACUGCCUCGUGUUGUUCAUCGAAGCCCACUGUGAUUCUGUCAGACUUGGUGCACAGGGGUCACCAGCAGCUGCCUGAAGUGAAGACUUCCUUCACAGACUCUGAGGAAGAGGAGGCUUCGGAGGCUUCUCCAGUUUCUUCAUCAGAGGACCAACUAAAUUACCAUGAGGUCGACAUGCCUGCUCGCCUUGGCUCUUCUCGUGGUCUGCAACUUCACUGUGUCUGGAGGACAGAGCAUCCCCGCCGAGGAUGAGACUGGCGGGAGGACCAUCGACGACAUCAUUCUACAGAGAGCGGAGAGUCUCCUCCUACGGUCCAUCCUCAAGAAGAUACAGGACGAAGACGGCGGAGACGAGGGAUUUCCCCCUCAGGCAGAAUGGAUGACCAAACGACAGCAUCCCGGUAAGAGGUACGGCGAGGACUUGGAGAAGCGGCAGCAUCCGGGGCGCAGAGAAGCGGACGUGGAUGAACCAUACUUGGACGUUCAAAGGAGACAGCACCCGGGUAAACGCGAAGAUGAAAUGCGCCCGUUCACGGAGCUCCAGAAGCGGCAGAAUCCGGGAAAGCGCUUCGCUGCGGGACGCGUUUCUGAAAACCCCGCGGUGCUCCAGGAACUUUCAAAACGACAGCACCCGGGCAAGCGGUACCUGGUGGUGCAGACCAAGCGCCAGCACCCAGGUAAGCGCGACGGGGACGACGACGUGGACUGGGACGCGGACGGAGAAGGAGGAGAAGAGGACCUCGUGGAGAUGGAAAAGCGCCAGCACCCCGGGAAACGGUUUUGGGAUACCUCCAGUCCGGAUUUAGGCACAAACAGUCCGUGCGACGUAUUGGACCCUACGAGCUGCCGCAAAACCAGUCUGCUGCUCAACUUUUUAGACAACAUCAACGAGAGCCAUCAUGCCGAGCAGAAGCGGCAACACCCGGGGAAAAGGUUUGCGCCCGAGGAGGACUUAGUGGAGGCAGAGUAGCCGAAACAGAAGUCCGCCGCUGUAUUGUAAACCAAUAAAUGUGUAAAUGAAGUGAUCAAGUCGUUAUUAAAAACAAAAAAGAGUUUACACCAUCGAAUCUGUUGUUGCACCGACAGUUACUGUGUCAUCGUUGCAGAAAACAAAAAAAAAACGUGUAUCCGCUGUUUGUUGAGUUUGGAGAGCUUGUGCGUAAUUGUCCUGCGGACUGAGUAUAUCGCUGUAAAUAUGGAGUUCAUCUCGAUUUAAUUUGAAUUGAUUCGCUAUUAUUCGGUUGAUCAUAGACUACUCGUGCUGAAAUCGAGUCCCGGAAUGAACGCAUCGGUCCACUGGCUCUUUGUGAUGCUGCCUCUGUGAGGCGGCGCGCGCGUCCUUCGGUCCAGCGGGCGUCAUGAUCGAAAUGAAAGGUACCCAACGCUGUAACGGCUUUCGUUUCAUUUGUGUCUCGUUAUUUUCUACUUAUGUAAACUAUAACGAAUACCACCGCAAAAUAAAAUAUAUCUGGUUAUUUUUCUACAUAUUAUUGCAUGUUUAAACUCAUGUUAAAGCCUUUGCCUUAAAGUCAACCACCAAUGUUGGACAAUAAAAAAACGCAUUGGUUAAAGUGUAUGGUUUGCAUCCGUUGCAGUACUUUGUGCAAUAUUAAAGCCUAUUAAACUGUUUAUUCAA